UGCUCUUCGCCGCCAUCUGUCUCCCACGCUUCGUGCAGCUGCCUGCAACGGCCAAAACACACACUCCACUUGCCGCAUAGCACAGCCCAGCAGAGUCGGGGUGAGGUGGGUGUGGAGCGCACAGGUUCGUGUGCAGUCUCAGCAGCGGGACAGCACGAAUGGUGUGAACCACAGCGCGGAGGUUUCAAGGUCGGAGUUCGGGUGCUCGUGGGUCAAUUCCCGUCUUGAUACCGCUCAUAGCGGACUUGGCGCAUUCAACUUUCAAGUCGAUACCACAGAAUCGGCCAAACUACUGAAUUCCGCUUUUGCAGGCGGUUCCAGUCCAUUUUUCUCAAAUACUUUAAGGAUGGCAGAAAACGAAACUCCAAAAGUAAAGGAGCUAGACACGACAGGAGAUGAACCUGGGAAAAAAGAUGCUCUCACGAAAGAAAUUACAUCAGUGACAGAAGAUGUACCCAAGACAAGACUGAUGAUCGCCGUGAACCAGUGUAGCAAAGGCUAUCCGAAGCCUUCCAUCAGUAGUCGCCAUGCUUUCGAUUGGGUCUUAAAGAACCUCAUCAAGCCUUGCUGUAGAAAGCAGUACAAAGUGAUCAUUCUACAUGUUCAAGUGGCCGAUGAAGAUGGAUUGGAAGAACUUGACAGCGUGUAUGCAAGCCAGAGUGACUUCCAGCACUUGAAACACAAGGAACUGUGUAGAGGAUUAGCUCUACUUCAAAUAUUUGUCAAGAAGUGCAACGAUUUGGAGAUUGAGUGCGAAGGAUAUAUAAAGAACGGAGAUCCAAAGGAAAUUAUCUGCAAGCAUGUUGAGAAGAGAAAGCCUGAUUUACUUGUUCUGGGCAGUCGUGGGCUUGGUACUAUACAAAGUUUGUUUGUGGCUGGAGUGAGCGCUUACGUCGCAAAACAUGUCCAAUGUCCUGUAAUUGUGAUCAAGCGAGAUCCUAAGGAGAUUCCUGAUGAUCCGAUGGACGAUUGAUUUCCCUCACCUCAGCCAGGUUCAUUUAGGCAUUUAGUUCAUUUUGGAUGUGAAUUGUAUUAUAAAUCAUCGCUACUCAUCGGUCAAUAUUUUAUUUUGCUUUUUUUCACUGCUUUACGUUGUAUUGGACCUUCCACAUUGUAAAAAUCGCGUAUAAUUAAACUCAAAGAGGUUUAAUAAGAGGGUUGUCCUUGAAGUUCAAGAUUCCGCAUAGUCUCUGCUGACAGGAGAUACUCGUGUAGUGGUUUCUUAUGUACUUUGUAAUGUGAUAUCAAAGAAUAAUAAUUAGAGUUCUCUUCAAGCAAGUCAUGUCUGACGUAAGCUUUUUGAUCCAUUCCGGCAUCUUAAGAAAUGUGUCCUUGAAGUUUGUUCAAUUGCUAGAUUGUCGACGUAGUAGCCACUUGGCACAGUUUGUUUAGCUCCUUCACAACACCACUUUGAAGUUGUAUCAACCAGAGAGAUGUACUGGAUAUUUCAGAUACCAAAACUAGAAUAAAUGAACUAUUCUACAA